AUGUAUGGAAUUCCUGACCAUAGUUAUGCUGGUGAAACCAUUACACCAAUUUUGACACAACCGGAAAAUAAUGUAAGGACAUGUAUUGAUUCUGACCAUGAUUAUAUAUACAUGAAUAGAAAUACACUUUACAAUCCAGUUCUACCAGAUAUUACAACAUUUUUAAAGACCACUACACCAAGCAGAAGUAACAACCAUUUAAACCAGGAAGAGAAAUCCAUCUUAAUCAAUGUCAUUCAAAAUGACAAUAAUAUAUAUGGUGCAUUAAUGAAGAUGGAUAACUUUAGAAAUGGAGUUAUUUCUGAACUAUGUUCAGAAAUAGACUCAUCAAUUUCUACAAUGGGAAACAGGAAAUUGCUGUUUGUCAGUGAACUAAUGAAAAAAGAUGUUAGUAGCUUGAAAUCGCUUGAAUGGUCUAAAAUAAUCAAAGAAAUGAUGGAAAAAUUACCAGUACUUUGCACAUUGCUCUUUUCAACCAUGCUUCCACCACAACAACGAUCCUGUUACACCAAGAUUGAAAAAGUUAUACCAAAAGCUGCAUUUGUUUAUGCCAUUUUGAUGCAAUCCAGAAAUAUAGAGUUGAGCCGUGUACAGAGAAUGGUGUCAAUGUUAUUGAUGGAUAACAUUUGUGAUCAGAAGGUUUAUGAUCGAUUGCAGCCUUUAGGAGCAUGUUUAUGCUAUGGCAGAACAUUGACAGUUGUAGAUCUAAUUGGAGGUAGCUUCAACCACCACCUCAUAGACAAUCUUAAAUUGAAAAGAUUCAGAAUAAUUGGGGACAAUGUGAAUUGGAAAACAUCUGUACAUGACGAAAGAAUCGAUAAUAAGUCACAUAUGGAACAUGCUUUUGCAUCUGCAGUAAUUGUACAGAAUACUGAUUUUUCUUAUUUACAUAUGCCGUCACCAUUUCAUUGUACUAUGCAGGUUAAUGAAUUUAGGGAUUAUAUACCUAAUCCCAAUGAUAUUCAGAAUAUCAAGUACGACUACACCAUAUUGAUUGCUCGCGUGCUUCAAAAUCACAUCCCUUUCUUCAGACAAUUUAAAGAUGUAAUUCCAAAUGAAAUUAGUUCUCCAAUAUCAGAUAAGUUAAAACAAAAAUCCAGAGUUAUCCCGCUUGCUGUAUUGCACAAAAAUGAACAGCGCUAUCAAGAUGUAGUUGGAAUACUUGAUUACUACGAAAAGGUUGUCGAAGAUGUAUUUUCAAGUGUUGGAAAACAUAUGGAUGAUGUUAAGAUUCACAUUGGGGGGGAUUUACUGACCAGAGAACGUUUUUCUGGGGCAAAGAAUUUGAGAGCCCACCAUGUAGAUCCAAAAGAGAAAUUCAGUCAUCUUUCCCCAAUAACUUUUGAAUUAUUUCACCUAUUAAUGAACUUUUUAACCAUGACAUUUAAGAUGCUAUAUUCAAAGGAAAGUGGAGCAGAAUUGGGAACAUUGAAGUCUUUUCAAGAUAGAAUUUCAAGAUCCAAUGUGGGAGAAGAUGUUAAAAACAAAAUGCAUACUGCAUUAUUUUGGAAUGGAAUCGGUUUCAUCUGUGCCUACUGUACAUGUUCCACCUGCAUUUAA